CCAUCCUCAACUCCUCAAAGUAGCCGUCUAUCUGCCACAGCCAAGUGAAGCUUGAAGAUCCCCUUGGUCUUCUCCAGUUGCACCGAGCUCUUUGGUGGAGAUGACAAAUGUGUAUUCCCUUGUGAAUGACUGGACACUGACUGGCCAUCCAUUAGCUCCUCCCAUCACAAGAGUCUCCCAGCUCCAUUGGCUGAUGCACAGACAGCCUUCCUGGAACAGACCAAUGGCAACCGUUCCAUACAAAUGAAGCCACACCCAUCCACUCUUAAAGAGCCCCCAUCUCUUCAAUGGAGACUCAAACCCCCUCACUGACAGCCCGAGUGCGCUCUUGCUGCUGCUGCUCUCCAUCCAUCUAUCUCUCUGCCUCCUCUCUCAUUGCUUUUCCCCUUCUUCAUUUGACUGCUUCCUGUCUUUACCUCUACCUUCUUCUUUUCCCCCCUCUGAUCUGUCCAUUCAUCAGCACUGAGCCCCCUCUCUGCUGAUGGUGCGGCACCUGUGCAGACUGGAGUUUGUCAGCUGAGGCAGGAGCUUUUUGUUUUUGUGCGCGCGUGUGUGUAUAUGUGUGUGCUGAACAGGGGAGGGAGGGGAGACAACACUCACCUGACCAACAUUUCAUCAAGAUAUGUGGAGACUUAGGAACUGACCUCCAACCUCCAGCUUUUCCCACAGCUGCUUAUCUUCUUUUUUGUUUUUAAUUGACCCACCUGGGAUGCUUAACGUGGACUGAUGGAUGUUUCUGAACUGUGCAUCCCUGACCCUCUCUGCUACCACAACCAGUUGCUAACCAGAAUGCCCUCUGAGGACCGGCACCUGUCCUCAAGCUGUGGUUCUUACGUCAAAACAGAGCCUUCCAGUCCUUCUUCCUCGCUUGUCGACACAGGCAGUCACCACAGUCCUAGCGGUAAUUCUGACGCGAGCGGCGGCUACAUUAACGCCAGCAACGGACGCUCGCACCCCCUGGACUCACCACCAAUGUUCAACCCAGGCAUGCUCGGAAGUGGUGGCGCUUGCCUACGCCGCUAUGAGGAGUGUUCAGGCGGCGUGGUGGAUGACUCACCAAUUAAGUGCGAGUAUAUGCUCAACGCCAUUCCCAAGAGGCUUUGCCUGGUCUGUGGUGACAUUGCCUCUGGGUAUCACUACGGGGUAGCUUCCUGUGAGGCCUGCAAAGCAUUUUUCAAAAGGACAAUACAAGGAAACAUCGAGUACAGCUGUCCAGCCACCAAUGAAUGUGAGAUCACCAAAAGGAGACGCAAGUCUUGCCAGGCCUGUCGCUUUAUGAAAUGUCUUAAAGUUGGCAUGUUGAAAGAAGGUGUACGUUUGGACCGGGUGAGAGGGGGUCGACAGAAGUACAAACGAAGGUUGGACGCUGAGAACAGCGCAUACCUCGGUCUCACCAUCCCUCCUCCAGCCAAAAAGCCAUUGACAAAGAUUGUUUCCCAUCUGUUGGUGGUGGAACCAGAGAAGAUCUAUGCCAUGCCUGACCCCAGCAUGCCUGAUGGAGACAUUAAGGCCCUGACCACAUUGUGCGACUUGGCUGACCGCGAGCUGGUGGUCAUAAUCGGCUGGGCGAAACACAUCCCAGGUUUUUCAACUCUGUCGCUGGCAGACCAGAUGAGUCUACUGCAGAGUGCCUGGAUGGAGAUCCUAGUGCUGAGCAUCGUGUUUCGCUCACUGCCCUGCGAGGAUGAGAUAGUGUAUGCGGAGGACUACAUCGUGGAUGAGGAGCAGGCGAGGAUCUCGGGUCUGCUGGACUUGCAUGUCGCCAUCCUUCCAUUGGUCCAGCGCUACAAGAAGCUACGCAUAGAGAAGGAAGAGUUUGUCACACUUAAAGCCAUUGCCCUCGCCAACUCUGACUCCAUGCACAUAGAGAAUAUCGAGGCAGUUCAAAAGCUUCAGGAUUCUCUCCAUGAAGCCCUGCAGGACUUGGAGGGCUCCCAGCACCCUGAGGACCCUCGACGGGCAGGUAAGCUGCUGAUGACCCUGCCUCUGCUCCGCCAAACCGCCACCAAGGCUGUGCAACACUUCUACAGCAUCAAAAUGCAAGGCAAAGUCCCCAUGCACAAACUAUUCCUUGAGAUGUUGGAGGCCAAGGCCUGACAACCGGGCUGGAUACUUGAUGCACAGAUGGCGCCAGCAAAGUCUACGUGAGACGAAGGACGGCUCUUAAAUACUAAGACGGCGUGCCAACUGACAGUGAAAAGACGAUGUUUGGACCUCAGAGUCAUUUUAUCACCUUUCAAUAGCAAGAAUAAAUGAAUAAAUAAAUAAAUAAAUAAAACAAAAUGGACACGAGGCGGUUUGUGAAUAUCAGCCGGAUUGAGGUGGGAUCAUGAUAUUGUAUAUAAAGAUGUGUACAGAAAUCGGGCAACUGUGGUCUUGUCAUAUCCAGAGAUUUGUUGGUAUAUAUCAACUGAACCUUCUGUGAAUAUUCUCUUCUUUUUAACCUCAAAAGGAAGUGUGUCAAUACAUAAAUGUCCAAAAAAAA